AUGGCGAACAAACCCAUGGUCAAGGCAUCUCAGCUCACCAGCCGAACUGCAAACCUUGACCUGCACUCGACUGAUACUGACCGACUCAAGGCAGGUCAUGCACAGAAGCACAUCCGACCCCUGACGACACGGAACGAUGCCGAGCCUAUUCGCACUGGCAAAACUCAGCCAAGAGGCGCAGUCUGCAAUCCGAUCGGAGACUCGACCAGCCUGCUCAAGCGCUCUUUCUCCAAGCUGCGAAUCAAGGAUGCCAUUUCACCCAGUCGGCUCAAGCCGCCUCAAGCGACGCGUCAGCAUCUGGCACCUGCGUCGAAGAUCCCGCAAGCGACUUCGCCUGCGUCACACACACAUAUAUCAUCCAACCGCCGUCCGGACCCUUCCGCCUUCGUCGUCCCCUCCUUCGCAUCUCCCGAAACCAAGCUCACCUCUACGACUCAGCACAAAGGCUUGCAGCCAUCCACGCCUCGACAGGCAGAUCAUCCCCACGAUCAUUAUGAAAACGUUCCGCUCCCGACGUCUGUCACUCAUCAAUCAAGCCCAGCUGCGGAUAAGAAGACGACCGAGAUCAAGAUGAAGGCCAUGCAGCUCGGCAUUUUCAAAAUCAGCGAGGAGGACUUGAAGGAGCGCUACCAGUUCCUCCGUGAGGUUGGUGCGGGCGAAUGGGGCAGCGUAUGGUCCGUCGAGGCACUCAAGCCUCUUGAUCACCUUCCCACUUCCGCCUACCGCUCGCUUCGCGUCACCAAACUCACUGGCUCGGGCACCUACACCAUCGACAACACCUCCAACUUUCGGCCCCUCGCUGUCAAGCUGUGCAAACGCGAGCGCACCAAAUCCGCCGCUGCCAUGACCCAGCGUCUCUGGAACGAGUUCAAGAUCCUACGCAUGCUGGUGGACCAGCUUCCUCGUGCCCAGCAGGUCAGUGGCGACAGUCCCAAUCAUGGCGUUCGCAACGAUCGCACCGGAUGGCAUCCCAACGUCGUCAACUUCUACGAGUUCCUCCUGACGCCCAAGUUCGCCAUGCUCGUCAUGCCCAAGUUCGACGAGCCUAUGAAGGUGUGUCUUGGCGAGCCGCUGUGCAUCACCUUCUUUCAACAGCUCCUCUCGGCUCUGCACUGGCUUCAUCAGCACGGAGUUUGCCACAACGACAUUAAGGUCGACAAUCUCGGCGUCACCUACGACACCUCGGGUCUCGGACGUGAUACGGCUACGCUCUUCGACUUUGGCUUUGCCAAUCGCUACGAGCCUCAACAUAAGGAUGCCUUCAUGUCCAACGAGAUGUGGGGUACGCCCGAGUACCUCUCGCCCGAACGAUGCCGUGCAGCUUGGCACGACGAGAGGAAGUCGGAUAUCUGGGCGCUUGGUAUUACCUUCUUUGAGAUGCUCACUGGUCGCACUCCCUUCGAACACCACGAUGAGAAGUUCGACAGCAAGGAAAAGUUCGAGGUGUACUACACACGUGCCGAACGCGGUGCCUGGGUGGGCGAAUGGCACAUUUCUCCUGGGUUGGAGGAUCUCAUUCGCGGCAUGCUACUUCACAGCCCGAGCGAGAGGAGCGAUGCUGGAGGGGCUCUCCUUCACGCUGUCUUCGAUCCUGUCCACAGCACGCAGUGCGACUCGUUCGACGAGCUGCUGAGGUUCUCGCCUGACGAGGAGCUGGUUCAGCAAGCUACGCGGGAAGCGAGUCCAAGCCCGGACGUCUCUUACCUGCAGCAAGAAUUGAGUGAUAGCGACAUCGUCAUUCGAGACCUGGUCCAGCGAACUCGACCGCAACGGUCUCGAAAAGACACCGCCUUAGACGAGAAGGAGCCGCUUUGCGCCUCGCCAGGCAUCUCCCGAGCAGCCGUUGCGAUGCCGCAGUAUCACGUUCCAGGAUCUCCUUCCCUGUCGCAGGUCGGCAUGGAUUCUCGCCUCACCGACCUCAUGUGCGUCAGUCCACCGUGGCGCAAGGGUCAGCCGCCACGUCAAGGCACGCCUAUACUAUCUGCCAAGCGAGACCGCAUUUGGACCUCCCAUCUGCCUGAAGACGACGACAACGACAGCGGACAGAGCGACGCCUCGGAAGACCGACCCUCUCCGGUCAGCAUCGUCAGCGCGUCGAAAGCUCAACCUACUAAACAAUCGCCCUUCCGACUGCGCUUAGGCCUGCACGCUCAAAGCAGCAACACGACACGUCCUACGCAAGAACGGAUGGCUUCGACACCUCUCUCUGCCCCCGCAGCUACCACUCAUUCAUCGGGUGCACCCGUCAUACUUCCUCAGACGAAUGGCAACAACAUCAAGCCCACCACGACGCGCAUCGACACCUCCCGCGUCGCCUCGCUCGCCAAAAAGUUCGACGCUAGCAACUUCCUCUCUCGUCCACCUCCCCACCUCACCUCGCUGACCACCAGUCUCACGGGGCGCGGUCUGACACUCGGCAAGAACGGUCAGGGUCACCGGCGAUCCAAGUCGCAUACGCUGAUGGGCACGCAGUCUGGCGUGGUGCCGUAUGCCUCGCGCCGCUCGACUGGAUCGUACGUGCCUGGUGGGGAGGAUGCGCUGCCUCGGUGUGCGAGGCGACUGUUCGAUACCGAGGUCGAGACGAAGCGCGAGAUGGAUGCUGCUACAGAUAUCGGGUCUGCUAGGUCGGAUACGAAUGAUGCUGGCGUCCUCCCCGUUGCUACCCAUGUCGAGACCACCGCUCGCACACCUGCACCUCCAGCUCCUCAAGCAAGAUUCACUGAAUCGUCCGUGGCUACUCCUACCGGUGAAGCGCACUUCGCACACCGACUUCAAAAGAUGGCCUCCCUCGCCGGGCUGCUGACCAAGAUGAUCGAUGAGACGCGCACCGUGCUCAGUCCGCAGAUGCAGACCCCCGUUCGGCGCGGAUCCAGUGCAACGGCGAGCACCGAGGCGCUGGACAUCUCGCCUGGACUAUUGGGCUCUCCUGCGUCGAGCGAAGGGAGAAGAGCCGAUGUGUCGAUGGUGAGUGCGGCCUUCUCUCUCGAUCUCAGCUCGUCCGCCCAUCGUAGCGGUACGGAAGACGAGGCGAAGAGAGUGAACCAUCCGACGCCGGCCCAGGUGGAGGGCAUGUACGAAACUUUCCUUGCCAGUCAGCGGGUCUCGAGGGCCGGAGAAGGAUUCAUGUCGCCCAAACAGGCUUCGGUGGCCACCACGACGAGUGGCAUUCCGAGCGUCAAAAAGGGUCGGAAGCUCGCCAAGCUCUUCUCCCCCUCCAAUAGCGCGCCCAAUUUCGACCACCUGCGUGAGGAAUCGGCUGGCUCGCCGAGGAAGAGCAGGACGGAUGGCCAGAGGAGUGUUGGUAAGGGUGGAAGACUGGCCCGGCUGUUCCGCAAGCAGGGGUAG